UGCACGCCCCAGCUGGCCCUCGGGACCGAGGAGAACGGGGAACCGCGGGAACAGCGCCCUGAGAAGCGGGGGUUUGGUUUAAAAAGUGCUAAUUCUCGUUGGGUAGAUGAACAAGAAAUUUAAGACGAUAUUACAAAAUAGUGGAGGAAAGCUGUAAAGCCAAGAAGGAACAUAAAAGGUUUAAAAAUGUCUGAUCCAAAAAAUAUUGUACACAGAACCCAUUGUAUUGAAAAACUGCUGUCUGAGAACAAUUUGCAAGAUAUUGAGGAUCAUCUUAAAGAACUUGAAGAUGUUGAUAUGACUGUAGAAGAUCUUCAGGGGACAGAAGUUACCAAGGCUGUAUAUAGAGUACUCAAGAGUUGCCCUUCUGGCAAGUUGAAAAAGAAAGCAAAGCAGUUAUUGUCAAGGUGGAAAGCACUUUACAAGAAUAACUGUGCUCAGUCAAUGCAAGUUAAAAAGUCAGAUCCUGUGGAUGUGAAAGAAGAAAUUGAGUAUCUCAGUGUAGUUCCUAGAGAGCAGUCACUGUCUGAAGGACCAUGUCAGCAGGAGGCAUUAGAUGGUACUGGUUCCAACAUUUUGGUCCCAUCACAAACUGUUAAAAAUAUGGUAUGUAAUAACGCACAAAGCAGUAUGAAUCAGCAUUCUUCUUUUGAGGAGCAACACACAGUUCAUGAAGAUUCUAAAUCUGUUGUUAGCAAAGCAAGUCUGCAGCAGGAUCUGAUGAGAGCUCUGAGGUGUAAAUGUGUAGAUCUUCUUUGUAAAGCUUUGAUUGGUUCUGGCAAAAAUGAAGAAGAAACUGUAAAAUGGCUAGAGUUAGCUAAAGAGAUUGAAGAACAUAUUUUUACUCUUCAUGCUAAAAAUGAUAAAAAGUACAAAAAUUGCAUCAGAAGUAAAAUCUCAAACCUUAAGAACCCUAAAAAUUGCCACCUAAAACAUAACCUUUUUUCAGGAACUUUGAGCCCAAAGGCUUUUGCUGAGAUGACAGUGAUGGAAAUGGCCAGUGAUGAACUGAAACAGCUCAGGGCUGCGUACACAAAAUCAUCUGUUCAGGAACAUCAGCUUCCACAGGUUAUUAAUGGCACACAGACAAACAAAGUAAAGUGCAGACGUUGUGAAAAAUUUGAUUGCACUGUCACUAUGAUUGCCAGAGGAACUCUCUUUCUUCCAGCUUGGGUGCGAAGCGCAAAUCCAGAUGAACAAAUGUUGACUUACGUUAUUUGUAAUGAAUGUGGGGAACAGUGGUAUCACAGCAGAUGGAUAUGUUUGUAAUGCUAUCCCUCUUUCAUAAGGGGCUUGGAAACAUGUAUGAGAAUGUACCUCUGUUGAAACUGGAAUUUUAAAUUCUCUGCUGAUACUAUGUGGGUGCUGCCACUAAAAACUGCAAAAUCAGAAAACUGCUAAUGUAUUUUUAAAGAUGGCUUGAAUGAAUCUUACAUGUAAUAAAUAAAAUUAAUAGGAGUUAAUAACUUUCUUGAGUGGAUAUCCUCUCUGGAACUAGGACAUCUGUCCUGAACUGAGAAAAUUAAUAUUUUUAUAUAGUGCACAUUACCCACAAAUAAUGAAUAGAAGGAAAUCCAAUGGCAGAAGUUUUUAUCCAUAUUUUUGUUCCAGAGUCAACAGGAUUUUCACUGAUUGUUUACCAGAAGUAUUUAUUUAAAAAAAAAAUAUUCCCACUAAGGGAGCUGUAAAAGUAAGAGACCUGUAUCUUUUACAAAUGCACAACAGGCAUUUAGCAUUUCAAGGUUAAAAUGUAUCAGCAGAGCAGAGAAACCUGCAGGGUAUUUGCUGGAGGAAUUGAGGACAGUUCUGCACCCACCUGACUGAGACACAGCUGAGGCUGGUCAGUUCCUCUGGGCUGAGCUGCAUGACCUCUCAGAGAAAGGAGUUGAGGGCAUGAGAUGAGAAAACAGGUGUAGGUGAACUAAAUGUCAGCCAGGACUGAAAGACAAGCUUUUAUCUAUAUAUGGGGAAUAUUAUGUGUAACCUGAAAUUGCAAAGAGACACUUAAAAUAUUCUACUGGGAAAAAAAAAGAGGAGAAAUCUUUCCAUUCAAUGAAGGGUUAACAAUUACCUUUCAACAGCAUUACUUACAUUUUUAUCAUGUAAAAAUAUGUGUUUUAGGGGAAUUGCACUGAUGUAAAAUACACAUUAAAGCUUUAGGCCAGACCCCCAGUGUUCAACUCUGUAACCAAGGAGUUGCUAUCUGGCCUUCCUUCCCAGCCCUUACUUGUGUGCUGGAAUUGAUACUUACAAGUAGUCCUGCUUACGUGGCGGUAUUUUUGUGUAAUUAUUUGUGUAUUAUUGUUAGCUUUCAGUGAAACUUCAGGAGAGCAAACACUCCUGUGUUAGUGGAUCACAGCAAGCACAGGAUUGUGUGCAGUCAUUUUGAAGGUCAUGGUCCUGUUGAGGAGAGCUUUAUGCCAGCAUUGUGCUGUGUCAGAACACCAUGCAGCAGAAGACUUUAUUUUAGCUGUGGACAACUUAUAAAUAAUUUCUGCCUGAAGUUGGUUUUGAAGCCAUUCCAGUAAUGCAGAGAUCAUCCAAGUUUUAUCUUGGCAAAGGGAAAUAUUACAAGGCAUGGAAUAUAUAUGGACAGAAUAUAUUUCAAGGAUAAAAUUUGUAUCUGUAACACUGACUAUAUUUGUGAUGUAAUAUGUAACAUCAUUUUCUUUUGAACUGCCCAUCACUAAAUGUGUAACUGCAGGCUUAAAAUAUUUGACUGGCUAAGAAUAUAUGCCUUGUCUCAAAAUCUCUUUAAAAAGCCAACUUGCAACUACAUAGUGUGUACAGCAGCAGGAGGGUGUAGAUCACUGGAGUACAGGGAGUAGAGUCCAGAAACAAAAGAAAACUUUGAAAAGUGAGAUUCUUUGAUAUUGUUGAAGUAUUUUUUAUUCAAUUCAUUCCAGGUGAGAAAAAGAUUUCUGAACUAUUUUAAGCAGAGACAGUUCAUUUGGGUGUGGUUUACUUGCUGCUACUCCUACAAGGAGUAUGUCAUUAGUGAUGAUCCCCACAAACAGAGGACAAACAUGCUGAACAAGGCUAAAGUCUGUAUUUGUCUCCAUGGGGUUUUCCAGAAAUGCUGUAAAUUUCUCCUUGAAUACUGUGAUUUAACAGCAGCAAUAAGGUCUUAAACAUAAAUUGCCCUCAAAGAUCAAGCAGCCUGUAGCUGCAGAACUUGUGAUAUAUGUGUCAUGAAGAUGAGAGCUGACUUAACAAUGAACUUCACACAAUUUUCUAUGUAAAAACAAAUAUACUAUUCCAUAUCUGAAGUGUUCUAUUAACUGUAGGCAAUGUUGCUCCCUUAACACCAGUAACCAAACUCCUUCUGGUUCCUAGAGAUCCCCUGCCAAAUCCACUUCCAUCUGUUCUGUCAAGUGCCUUUUCCAUCUCUGUCAUAUCCCUCUUACUGUGCACUUUUUAGGGAGGGACUCAGCUGUCAAUUGUUGUUUAUAACGCUUUCUUCUUUUCAAAAUGAAAAGGAAAUUAGCACUGUUUAUUUAUCAUUUAAAGUGUCCGUCUGCUGUGCUAUCUACAUUUGCUACUAAAGCAAAGAACUGCAACUCUUUAAACAAAAAACCAGCCCUUUUAUUGUGCCAAGGAGGAAAGUUAGCUGGUAACAGACUGUGGUUAAGGAGCAAAUAUGUUGAAUUACAGUCCUUCAGGGAAUCUGCAGGGUGUAAUGGCCUAAUUCACUGACUACCUGGAAGAUAAGGAAAGAAACAAGAGCACUUUGAUAAUUUCUUGGAUUGCUCAGGAGCUGACUUGCUGCAUUCUGGUAUUAACAGAGCUAUAAAGGCAGAUGACUUCAUAUCCCCUUAUUUUGUACUGCUGUAAUUCAGCCAAGAGGUGACAAAGUCAUGUUUUACUGAGACUAUGUCAUCUCUUGCCAGGAUGGGACAUAGUCUACUUGCCAGCUAUAGAUGGUAAAAAGUAUUAUUCACAAGCUCUUAUUAUAAGAGAACUUUGCUGAUACAGAAUUUCCCUCUACUCACACGAAAAAAUUGCCCUUUAUUUGCCAUUGGAUGUUUUUUGUGCUAUUCUCUCUGGCAUGGCAUAACAACACUUCAUGAAUACACCUUUGUGAACAAAAUUCUUAAGGUGCAGAGUCAGCUUUCUGAUGAAAAUGUGCAUGUGAGGGUGCAGCAAGGCUGGGUUGCUGCACAGAGGGAGGCAAGCCAGGGGUGGAUGGUGGGUGACAAGGCAUGCAGGGACAGUGGCUUCAGUUAAAAGGGUCACUGUCCGGCAGCACCCAAACAAGAGCAAGGCAGGUCUGGACAAUAAUCUGCCAAAACUCCAGUGAGAACUGGGCAGGUGUGGGGACGUGCUGUCUGAUGGAGACUGGUGCACAAGGUGGGGUGCAGGAAUGGGCUUGUACAGUGUCUGAGCCAAAAUGGGGCUCUUGCUGACCAUGGGAAUCUGAAGCAGCUGCCCCCACCAGCACUGCCCCAGCCCUACUCCCCCCACUGGGAUGGUCAAACAGGGCCUUGGACAGGGACAGCCCUAUAGCAGAAUUUAAACAGGAGUGAUUUUGGUGCACUUGUUUCAAACUGCUUCCUAGCUGGGCAUGUUCUUCUGUCUGACCUCAGGAUGGGCAGGUGUGCUUCAUGUGACCAGCCUUAUCGAGGCAUUAUUUGUUCUACAAUUUGUGGUGUUCUGUAGCAGCUGCUGGGUUUGUUACAUACAUGGUAUGUAACGGAAUGGACACAGGGAAAAGGGCCUUCACUUCCUGAUCCUCAAGCACUCAUGCAUGUGUAUUAACCCUAACCCUAACCCUAUGAUGCUCCGUUAUGCCUAUAAAAUCAUAAGCCUAGUAGCCAUGGUUAUACCAUGGGUUCUUUUCUAUUUUC